CUCUCUCUCUCUCUCUCUCUCUCUCUCUCUCUCUCUCUCUCUCUCUCUCUCUCUCUUUCUCAUACUUUCCAUCGAAUUUUGAAAACAUUCAUGACCUAGCUCGAGGACGAGGUUAUUUUGUCGUGAUGUCAAAGAGUCAGCAGCACUCAGUAGGAAUUCUGGCGUUGUGCCAACCACCGAGAAAUAGGUUAUCGAUCAACCUCUUGCUCUUGGUAAUAACUACAGUCCGACUACGAUACGAAAGAGAGCUUUGACUCUGAAGAUUUCAUCGUUCUAGAGUCUAGCCUGUCUUUUCUUCACAAAACACUUUUAAUAACAUAGAUUUUCUUCGAGGAAGGAUCAAGUCAUAGUUUUCCUAAAAAUACAAAAAAAAAAAAGAAAGAAAAUUUUAAUAACAUAGAAUUCUUGGAUCUAUUAGAAGUACAUUAGUAAAAGUGAAUUUUCUCUUAAAAAAAUAUUUAUACUCUGAAAAUAUCUAAAGAUAAUGUUUGCUGAACUAUCAUCCAAUGGUACAGUCUCUGUGAAUGGUAAUCGAGCAAAUGGCGCUUCGUUCGUUUCCAAUGCUCAUUCAAAAAGCGUUCACGCAUCAAUGAUCCUACCUAUGUACGUCUAUUCGUAUCUUCUAUUGCAAGUACAUACGUACAUAACUACAUAACUCAAUACACACACCCACACACAUCUAUUCUCUGUAUAAAGUACAAUAUUGAUGAAUAUAGCUCGCUAAAAAUAUCGAGUAAUACAUAAUAAUAUAAAGGAUUGAUCAAUCUUCCAUUAUCAUCGCUGUUAACAUCUAAAUUACUUAUCAUCGGCUAUAAAAUUGGAUGUUCUGUUUGGGGGAAAAAAACUAAUAUAAUUAUUAAUGCAAACGGAAAAGAGAUUCGUUCGCGAUAUUUUUAGAAGACUAUUCGCGUAUAGUUCUCUGAUUGUAGGUGAGAUUGAUCGUGAAAACUCGGCCGAGUAUUAACGAUAAAAGUAUAUCCAUUCCAUUUUUAGUUUAGUAGAACAUACAUAUCAUACGUUUUCUAAUAAAGAAAAUAAGCUUAGCUUAAUAACGAAAUAAAUAAAAAAGAAGGGCAAUACUUUAUCGAACUUCCAAUUUAUUCUUCCUUUUUUUCUUCUUUAAUGAGUUACAAUCGGAAAUCCUGUUCCAUCGUGAUAACGAAUUUCAACCUACGCAACCUAAAUCUCUAAACGAUAUAGUUUCUAUUCUAACUCAAAUUUUGAAACAUUGCUUUAGUUAGCAUUCUAAUUGCAAAAGAUCGAGCUCGAGAAUAAUAAUAAGCAAUUCUUUCUUUCAAAUAUCAAUAGCUCAAAAAUAAAGUAAUCGGUAAAUUAUCUCGAAUCUUUUUCAAAGAACUUGACGAUAUGAAAACCAUGACAUUUAUCCUAGUAAGUUUGAGAAAUUCGAUUUAUAAAAAUUAUGUACCGACGAAUCUCGCGCCAUGUCCGAACUAACGGUACGACGAAAGUAACACCCUCCUCGUAGGUAUGCCGACUUCGUCCUGUCUGCCGCUAGGCGUCGCAGAUUCUAAUAAAAAUUACACGUUCCCUCGAAAGCACUAUACGUUGCAGCGUUACAAUACAUAUAGGUUCUAAAGAUCUGUUUGCCCUAUAACGAGUAUAUAUUGAGUACGUUUAAAGUAGUAGGGUCCGCUCGUCAGCCCUACUGAUGAUUCAUCGAGCGAACCCAGGUCAAAACGUUUAGAUAGCAACAAACUGUCAAAACCUUUUAACACUGCAUAAGGCUUAAAACUAACGUCUCUAUAUUAUAACAGGAAAGAGCGACAGGAAGUGGGGAGUGAAAAGAGGAGAGGAGAGAAGGAAGGAAGAGGAAGGAUCGACGCAAGAUCGCUUCGAGUAACGUGAUCGACGUCGAUGCGUGUUACUAUAUAUCAAUGGGUGGCGAAUGGGUGGCCCAUUGGGUGCCAGCUAGCUCGACCAAAGAAGAAGAGAGAAGAACGUCGGUGCCCGUCAAAUAAUGUGUUUGAAAGUAGAAAAAUGAAUCUCGGCAAAAGUCUUGGAAGGUGGUGGUGAACGUUUAUACUUUGUUCAUUUUGAUAAGCUUCGAGUUAGCCUCGAAGGAGUUCUACAGGACGACGGUAACACAACAAUCAUAACGACGAUAGCUAGUGAAAGGAUAACGCAGAAGCAAGUAAAAGGGAAAGAGAGUGAGGGAGAGUGAGGGAGAGAGAGAGAGAGAGAGAGAGAGUAAAAUCUCAAGUUUUCUUGCAGUAUGAGAAUAUCUGUACAUUCGCUUCUACUCUCAAAAGAGUAUAGUAGUAGUUGCCAGUAGUUGUCAGUCACCAGACGGGAAAAUCACGACAACAUACUAACGAUUCUAACGAAACGUGACAAUCACAACGAUAUAUAAUAAACGGUGUAUGUACGCCGUUGUUAUUCGAUAGAACGAAAUUAGACAAUCGUACGAGGCCCCUUAUUGUAAAAGACGCAACUCGUCAUGUACCAAUUCUUGCAUCCUCGUAAUCGCCCUUUACAGAGCCUUAUUCUUGGCUUGAUAGUUCUGACUUUUUAUGCUUACUAUCGUACCACCUUCUAUGAUAUUCAUCAGUUUGGUUCAGCUCGAAAUUUCAGUCAUAUUGUUUAUCAGGAAGCACUUCGAAAUCAAUCGAAUCAUAGUAUAGAUAUCCAAUCCGUGCCCAAAAAUAUGACAUAUGAAACUUUGACAUUGAAUUCUUAUUCUCAACAUAAUGCAAGCAACACUGCAACAAUUAUCACUACACUUUCUACGUCGUCUAGUUCUCAAGCUUUGUCUUCCAUAAGCACGUCGCUCAACCUGAAACAAAGCAGUGAAGUACCUUUAUUGGAAACAGAAAUAGUUGUUAAUACGCGGAAAAGUGUUUCUGUAGUUUCUAAUGAUUAUGCACGUGCCAUAUAUGAAGCUGGACAUACAGUACCUAUACCAGAAAAAUGUCCAGAUUUUGGUAAAGAAAUGGACUUGGUUAUUAUUAUAAUGUCUGCACCUACACAUGUGGAAGCAAGGACAGCAAUUAGACAAACUUGGGGACACUUUGGACAAAGAAGAGAUAUUAGUAUACUCUUUAUGUUAGGUGCUACUUUAGAUUCUAAAGUCGAAAAAGUACUUGAACAAGAACAAAGAAUAUAUGGUGACAUAAUACGUGGAAAGUUUUUAGAUUCUUAUUCAAAUCUCACUCUUAAAACAAUCUCCAUUUUGGAGUGGGUAGAUAGUUAUUGUUCCAAGGUGAAAUUUGUUCUAAAGACAGAUGACGAUAUGUUUAUUAAUGUUCCACGUUUGUUAGCAUUUAUAAAUAGGCAUGGAAAAGACAAAAGUGUAAUAUUUGGCAGAUUAGCCAGAAGAUGGAAACCCAUUAGAAAUAAGAAGAGCAAAUACUAUGUCUCACAAACGCAAUUUAAACAACCUGUAUUUCCAGACUUUACUACAGGUCCAGCUUAUCUGUUAUCUAGUGACAUAGUGCGAAAAUUGUAUGAUGCUGCCUUGGACCAAACAUAUCUUAAACUUGAAGAUGUUUUCAUGACUGGAAUCGUUGCACAUAAACUAGGAAUUAAACGAGUGCAAGCUAAUGAGUUCCUCAACAAGCGGAUAGCUUAUAGUCUCUGUAACAUACAACAUGGAAUAAGUAUACACAUGGUUAAAUACAGUGAACAAUUCGAUCUCUGGAAGAAAUUGCUUGAUGGUAAGAGUAAAUGUAAGUGAUAAGAAUAGAUAGAAGCUGUACACAUAAUAUUUGGAAAUUGAGUGACAGGUUCUUUGUCACAACAUUUAACUUGAUUCAUUCUAUUUCAUAUAUUAAUUACCACUUUUUGGUGGUCUGCGAUAUGUGUAUAUUUUAUUCUACUUUAUGGCCUCAAUGAACAAAUACUCUACAUAGUACAGUCCAUAGAUAAUUUAAAUUAUUAUAAGUAUAUAAAUAAUAAGAUUUUAUAUUUUAAGAACAGGAGUCUAUGUUUCUACACAUAGUUAGUAUUUAUUAUGAGAUAAUAUUCCAGCAGGAUAUAGAUUUUAAUUGUCAUACAAUUCGUCUUCUUCUUUACUGUUGAUAUUUUAUUAUUUAGUUUAAAGCUUUCUAAUGUCUAUGAUGCAACAAAAAAGAAGAAGUGAUUUUCACAUUUAAGUGCAUUAUAUAUUUGAUAUCGCACAAUUCUUACUAUAUCUGUUUUAAUAUUAAAAAAGAAUAUUAAUCAAUCAUACUUCAAAAUAUUCUAAUGCCAUUUUUUAUAUCAGUGAUGCUCAAUUUGUCUAACAAUAAGUAAAAUAUUUUAAACUACAAACAAUCAGAAAAAUCGUCAUUUGAGCACCACUGUCAUAACCAAUAAUUUUCCUAUAUACAUAUAUACGUUGCUCGUAAAUAUAUAUUACAGUGAGGAGAUCGUAUUAUACUUGGACUGGUCGUAUAUAAACUUCUUAUUUAAUAAUUCACAUAUAUAAUCGUUACAGAACAUUAUAUAUAUGUGUGUGUGUGUGUGUGUGUGUGUGUGUGUAUAUCUGUAAUAUGCAUAUUUUUUCUCUGAAUUAUUAUCUAGUCAUUGCCUAGAUAAUAUCUCUGCAUGCAUGUAAAAGAAAACUUCCACAUGUCACUUUUUUUUAACAAUUUUCAAUUAGUAUCACGCCGUUCAUGUAUACGUAGACAUUUAACUGUGUUAUUUUUUUCAAGUGCCAUAUAUAAAAGAUAAAAUAAAAUUAUAUCAUCGUAUACGAAAAUUAUUUUCUUAACGUUGAAACAAGAAUUUUUCAAAUUCUUUGAUUGUGAAUUUAAAAUGACUGUUUUUUCUCGUUUCUUCCGUCUCUCUAUCCUUCUUUUACUAUCACAAGAAAUAUAUUAAAUCGUAAAUAUCAUCGUAAUAAUGAUUACAAGGUAACAAACCUGUAAAGUUUGGGUCAAGGUUUCGUUGUUCGAUGCAAAUGAGAAUCGCUUGAGAGAUCCGAUAGUGUCCUUGACACGAUUUUCAUUCGCUUCGAAUCGAGAUUUUAUGAUGGCACGUAAUUAUUAUCAAUUAGAUGCACACGUUAUUUCACUCUCGACGUUACAUUUACCGCCAAUGUACGUAACAAAAGGGUAUAAACGAUCCUAAAUGAUCGUUUCUAUAAACGACUAUAGAAACUUCCAGAAAGAAAAGAAAAAAGAAAACAGAAAAAAAAAAUAAAAAAUGAAUAAAAAUAAGAAUAAAAAUCCUUCGAAUACAAUCACGAUGUACGCAGGUAUUUGCGUAAUACGAAUUUUUUAAAUAAAACAAAACUAAAAAAUUAAAAAAUUAAAAAA